AUGGCUUCUGCGGAGAGCUGGAAGGCACUUCUCGAAAAACGGGGGGCCGAUGAGCCGUUGCAAAAGGUCAUCGACGGUCUCCUUACCGUUUGCUCGAAAAUAGCCACAGCACUCCGCGGAACCGAAGUGGAAGCGCUGGGACAACAGAACGCAUUUGGUGACGAGCAACUUACUGUCGACGUACUGGCAGAACGAUUGCUACGUAACUACGCAGAAAAAGAGUCUCUCAUUAAGGCGAUAAGCAGUGAAGAAGACACCCCCUUGAAGGAAUGCCAUGAAGAUGGAGAGUUUAUAUUGUGCUGGGAUCCUCUCGAUGGGAGCAGUAUUGUCGAUUGUAACUGGAGCGUUGGUACUAUAGUAGGUAUAUGGCGGCUUCAGCAUCAUGGCCUCCACUGGAAGGGAACGGAAACGCUUGUUAAUCAAACAGGACGGCAGCAAGUAGCUGCGGUGGUGGUAGUGUACGGCCCUCGAACAACCGCGGUUGUGGCACUGAACCCCUCGCAGCAGGGGGCGGCGCAGCAAGAGCAGAUGGGGGAUGCGUUGCAAGAAGACGGACAAGAAGGAAGAUCUAUGCACGGGAAGAAGUGUAUUUUCAGCGUUCGAUUAGCAGACGACGGAGCGCCCGUGGUUGUGGGAGAGCCUCGCAUACGCUCACAGGCGAAAAUCUUUGCACCAGCGAAUCUCCGAGCCGCUCAGGACUUGCCCGAAUAUCAGAGACUUGUCAACUAUUGGAUGGAGAAACGAUAUACCCUUCGCUAUACAGGUGUGGGAGCAAAAGAAAAACAGCGUUUUCGCUUAUGA